AUGUCAUCAUCAUCAGGAUUGCAAAGACGUCGUGGAGCCAAACAAUCAAGUGCGAAUAAAGGUACAUCGAAUUCAUUUGAUGAAGAUAGAGGAGACUAUAACAACAACCAUUCAAAUUCAAAUUCAAAUAUAGAUAAUAAUAAUUCAGAUCAUAAAAUAGGUUAUGAUGAUCGUGAUAUAAAAGAUCGUAAAGAAUUAAAACAACCUUUAUUAACACUAAUGGAAGAAGUUUUAUUAAUGGGAUUAAAAGAUAAAGAAGGUUAUCUAUCGUUCUGGAAUGAUAAUAUAUCUUACGCGUUAAGAGGUUGUAUAUUAUUAGAAUUAACAUUUAGAAACAAGAUUACAUUAGUCAACGAUCCAGCAAGAAGAAGAUUUGAAUUAAGUGAUAGAUUAGUUGAAGUUAUAAAUACUGAACCAACAGGGGAAGUUUUGUUGGAUGAAGCAUUAAAAAUUAUGAAAAGUGAUGAAUCAAAUUUAUCAGUUACUAAUUGGAUUGAUUUAUUAAGUGGAGAAACUUGGAAUUUAAUGAAAAUAAAUUAUCAAUUGAAACAAGUUAGAGAAAGAUUAGCUAAAGGGUUAGUUGAUAAAGGAAUAUUAAGAACUGAAAGGAAAAACUUUUUUUUGUUUGAUAUGGCAACUCAUCCAGUAGCUGAUAAAUUAUCAAAAGAAUAUAUAAAGAAUAGAUUAUUAGCAUUAUUAAUACUGAGAAAUAUUGAUCUUGAAACAAUAUCAAAUGAUCAAUUUCCAAAAGAUGUUUCAUUCAAGUAUUUGAGAUCAAUUUCUUUAGUUUGUGGUUCAUAUGCAGCUAAUGUGUUGGAAAAUGUAUUAUUAUCACUAAAUUACGAUAAGAGAGAUCAAGCAUUUGCAAGAGCUGAUGAAAUUUUAGCUGAUUAUUCUGAAUUCCAGUUUAAUUUAUCACAUCAAAGUCCUUUAGGUCUAGGGUUAAACUUAGGUCAGCAAGUUAGUUCAGAAAUUGAAGAAUCCUCUGCAACUGAAUUACAAUUGGAAUUAAUAGCUGCUGUGUUAAGUGUAUUUGCAAGAAUGGAUUCAAUUCUUUAA